ACAUAACUGUUUAUUGAUUCUUAAAAUAUAAACUUUGUUUCAGUGUUAUACUUAAAAAUUCAAACUAUGAAAUUUAUUCUCUUAUUGUUUUUGAUUGUUUCUGUGAAUGCCAGAUUACCAUCUCAAGACAACCUGGCCAGAUCUGAAGACGAUCCCUUCACUUUAGAGGAUUGUGUUUCACCCAUUGAGCUUCUAGCCUAUGUUUGCGAGUGGCCUCCUAGUAAAUAUGAUGCUUGGAGAUGGGAUGCAAAUGGCGCUGCUAGUGGUUGUGUAAAAGAAGAAGCUCAUAAAGGUUGCUCUCCCACGAAAAAUAACUUUAAGAGUUAUGAAGAGUGUUUGGAUAUAGCAGGACCAGUAUGUGGACUUAGAAAAUAGGAGAUUAAAUAUUUUCUAAAAGUAUAGUAUAGAUUUUUCCUGUACUUAUUAAGUGGGUCGUUCCAAUGUAGUAAAUAAUGAUUGAUUAUUUUUAAAAUGGAUAUUUAUUCACUAACUUUAAUAAUUUAUUAAUAAAAAUGCUUUAAAAA